CUACUCUCUCACCUCUCCAGUUGCUAUUAUCAUCUUAUUCCUCAAGUGAAUAAUCAGAAUCAGUGGUAUCAACUAAGAUGAACCUUAACACCAGCAGUAACUUGGAGACUCGCUCUCUUCUUGAUGAGCUUUGUAACUUCGACAAGAAGGGACUCUUCGACCUUGGACACCCUCUUCUCAACCGCGUCGUUGAGAGUUUUGUCAAAGCUGCUGGGGUAGGAGCGGUUCAAGCUGUGUCCCGUGAGGCUUAUUUCACAGCUGUUGAAGGUACCGGGGCUGAUAAGAGUGGAGCUUUGCCACCAGACCUUUCAAGUGCCAAGAAAAAUCAUUUGCCGGGUCUUAGAGGAGAGUCCAGUAACAAAUCUCUCGAGGCCAUGGUGAAGAACACCGGCAAAGAGGCCUUGCAAUGGGGGAAUAUAUUCAGGUCUCACAUAUGGAUUGAAGGAAGCUCGCGGAGCUCAUGACUGGAAAAACAGUGCGGUUGCGGGAGCAAUCACUGGGGCGACCCUUGCACUUACAUUGGAUGACUCCACUCAUGAACAGAUCGUGCAAUGUGCCAUCACUGGAGCUGCUAUCUCCACUGCUGCAAAUCUUCUCACUGGGAUUUUCUAAAUGCUUCCUCUGUUUGGAUUUCUUUUUGAGAAUAGUUACUCUUUUUUUUUUUUUUUUUUUCUUCUCAAUUAUGUCAGUUAUAAAUAUCUAAGAUGGACUUGCCAGCACUUCCUUUCGAAUUUUUAGUUAUCAGUGAUAAAUUUCUUGUCAGGAUUUUAAUUUCUA